AUGCCGCAAAAACGCGCCAAAUUUUCAGAGCGCCAGGCGCUGCGCAAAUCGAUCGGCUUCAACUUGGCGCCCACGGCACAGAAGAAAGGAAAAGGACACGAUAUCCCACGCAAUGCCAUGUUCCUUUUCCAACAGCCGCCGUCUAAAGAAGCCAAAGCAGACGACGCCCCCAAACCUACCCCAGCACAACUCACCAUUCGGCCCAACGAGCGCAUGCGCGACUUUAACCAGCGUGUCGAAAAAGCUUUUUCCAGCGAUGUCAAUGCAUCCAUGCGGCGCGGCCUGCGCACCGAGUCGAACCAGCGCAAGCGCGAGCGACGGCGCACGGCUGAAAAAGAAAAGAAACGCGCAGCGAACCCGUACCUUGUCCAGGCACAAGAAGCAGCGCAGGACUGGAAGAAGGCCGAUACGAAGAAAUCAGUACGUGAUGUAGCGCUAGCGCCACCAACAUUUACCGCGGUCCCGAAAAACCGCAAGGCGAACACGCCGGCACUGGUCGCGGAGCAAGCCACACGACCCAAACCGUCGCUUGCGCGGCAACGCAUUCUGGACGAGGAGCGAGAAAAAGCGAUUAGCGAGUACCGCGCACAGAAAAAGCGCAAAGAAUUCCAUGUAGCCUAG